AUGGAGAGAGGAAAAUGCUUGAUGUCGAUGAAGCUUAGACCGGUGGUGACGAGAGAAACUUCGGACGCGGCUUUGCUCUGGCCAUUUGGGGAUGAUAGAGCGUUUGCGGCUGUUGAGGAGUAUGGCGGUUGCAUGUGGCCGCCUAGGUCUUACUCGUGCAGCUUUUGCGGGAGAGAGUUCAAGUCAGCGCAAGCACUAGGUGGUCACAUGAACGUUCAUCGAAGAGACCGAGCUCGUCUUAAACAACAACCUUUAUCAUCUUCAUCAACUGAUCACCAACAGCUACAAAAACAACAAGGAGUUCUUCUUCAAGAAGAUUCAAGAAAGCUCAAUGGAACAAAGAGGGAUAUAAGUGAUGUUGAUAAUAGUAACGUUUUAGAAAGUUCUAUGAAAAAUUUAGAGCAUUACAAUGAUGAAGUCAAGACUGAUCUAUCUGUCGGUCUAGUGAGUUCUGAGUUUGAUACUCGGAAGAAGCAACCAAUCAAUGGAUUUUCGUCGUCCAAGAAGGCAAAGACUGAUGUUUCAACAUUGCCAAUGGUGUUAGGAUUGGUCAUUGGAGUAUCCAAGAUCAACGGUCAUCAUGAGGAGUUGGAUCUUGAGCUACGGCUAGGAGCUCAUCCGUCAAAGGUCAACUAG